UUUAUUUCUUGGACAGGUGAUAAUGAUCAAUACUAAGCUAAGCUGCAGGUGUAACCUAUAAUACAGCCUCUAUAGAGCAUCAGGUGGAAGAGUCACAUAUGAGUCAUGGCGUUGACACUCGACAGUCUUCUGAGAUUCCUGAGGGUCACGGUUUCUCUACCUUCCUUUCCAGUCUGCUGUUGUUACUUGUUCAUGAUUCUCUUCCUGGCCCCCAUAUGGCAGCGAAAAACAUCUCCAGUACAAAUCCGUCUGAUUCUCAUUCUCCACAACUUUGCCUGCAGUUUGGUCAGUAUCAUUGCCUUUGUCGGUUUCCUAAGGGGAAUUCUCCAAAGUGAUUCAGUGUUCCAAAAGGGUGACUCGAAGAUGCUAAAACCCGUCUAUCGCUUAUACUGGCUGACAAAGCUUCUGGAGCUCUUGGACACCGUAUUCAUGAUUGUGCGGCACAGGCGGCGACAGAUCAGCUUCCUCCACGUCUACCACCACAGCUCCAUCCUCCUGCUCAGUGAUGUGGCGUACCAUAUGUACCCGUGGCCAGGAAUUGCCUUCUAUCUCAUGAACAAUUCCUUUGUUCAUAUUGUAUUGUACACAUACUAUGGCCUAUCAGCUCUUUUUCCCGAGAAGUCAUUCCCCUGGAAAAGACAUAUUACAGAGCUACAGAUAUUCCAAUUUUUCAUAGGAUUUGUGCAUGCCACUAUUGGCUAUGUGUACCAUGGAUUUUGUAUUUAUGGGAUUUUUUAUGGGAUUACUAUGACAGUUUUGUUCUCAAAUUUUUAUUAUAAAGCUUACCUCGCACCAAAAAAAUUGAAAGAAUCUUAAUUAUUUAUUUAAAAAUUUGCUAUGGUUAACAUGUCACACAAAAAAAAUUCCCUAAAUUUAUGAGUUUAAUCGAUUUGCAGAACUUUUUGCUCAAAGAUGUUGAACAGCCUAUAAUUCCAAUUACCGUACAGCAAAAGGAUAUUGUAAUACUCGACAUUUCAACAUUCUCAAAAGCUUUAGUACCAGUAUUUGCUUCAAAUAUGUUUCAAAUUGAUAUUCAUUUUAUUCAACUCUCAGGGAGUAUUUAUUAUUGUAAUCUCUUAAUUAACUCGUACAUGUAUAACACCUUUACCAAAUGUUGCUCGAAAAUAACUGUGAUAUUUUCUUGUGUACAAAGCAACGAUUCUUACAUGUAUGUGUUUAAGUUAAGGGUUUGUGUGACAGCAGGCACUGUAUUCAUCUCCUCAGUUUCUUAGCAUUAUUAGUAUUAUGUGCAAUAGUUGUCAAGUAAUCUUUGUGUAUUAAGCAUGUGUUAGUAAUUGUGAAAAAUUUUAUUGCCAGCAAUCACCAGGUACAUGUACAUGGAUAUCCAUCAAUGAUUCUGUCAACACAUUCUUAUUUGUUGAAAGUACUUUUAUCU